GCAAUAUUUGAACUUACGGCAAAAUUAAUUUCAAUAAACGUAUGUGUCUACCAUGCGCAGUAAGUUCAUCCUGCAUGUGUGAAAAUGGCGCUUUCUUGUGCAAUUUCUAAUGAAGUGCCGGAGCAUCCCGUCGUAUCCCCUGUAUCUGGAUCUAUAUUUGAAAGAAGAUUAAUCGAAAAAUAUGUAGCAGAAAAUGGGGUAGAUCCUAUAAGUGGAAAGGAAUUGACUGUAGAUCAACUCAUUGAUGUCAAAACUACGGCAAUAGUUAAACCUAAACCACCAAGUGCCACAUCCAUUCCAGCCAUAUUAAAAAUUUUACAAGAUGAGUGGGAUGCUGUAAUGUUACAUUCAUUUACUCUGAGGCAGCAGCUUCAAACAGCUCGGCAAGAAUUAUCUCAUGCUUUAUAUCAACACGAUGCAGCAUGUCGUGUAAUAGCUAGAUUAACAAAAGAAGUAACAGCUGCCAGAGAAGCUUUGGCUACAUUGAAACCACAAGCUGGAAUUGUUCAGGCUACCACUAUUCCUCAACCUGCACUUGCUGUAGAAGCUGGUGGUACAGCAGCUCAACCUAUGGAACAAGCUGGUAUUACUGAGGAUGUAAUACAGAAACUUCAAGAAAGAGCUACAGUUCUCACGCAAGAAAGGAAACGUCGUGGACGUUCCGUUCCUGAAGAUCUUCUUCCUCAAGACAGUAUUCGUGCAUUUCAAACACUUGCAUCUCAUCCUGGUCUUCAUUCUGCCAGUGUACCUGGAAUACUUGCACUUGAUAUACACAGUGCUGAUACCAGUAAGAUUUUAACUGGUGGAGCUGAUAAAAAUGCUACAGUGUUCAAUAAAGAUACAGAGCAAGUUGUUGCAAUAUUGAAAGGACAUACUAAGAAGGUUACUCGAGUUAUUUACCAUCCAGAAGAAGAUAUAGUAAUGACUGCAUCACCUGACACUACAAUACGUGUAUGGAAUGUUGGAACUAGUCAAACAACACUAUUAUUAAAAGCACACGACGCUCCAGUGACUGGUCUCUCUUUACAUCCAACAGGCGAUUAUUUACUAAGUUCGUCUUUAGAUCAGCAUUGGGCAUUUUCGGAUAUACGUACUGGUAGACUACUGACUAAGGUUGCAGGACAAGUUACUCAACCGUUAACUACAGCUCAAUUUCACCCGGAUGGAUUGAUUUUUGGUACUGGUACUGCAGAUUCUCAAGUGAAGAUUUGGGAUCUAAAGGAACAGUCGAACGUAGCUAAUUUCCCGGGUCACUCAGGACCGAUUACAGCGAUUAGUUUUUCUGAAAAUGGUUAUUAUUUAGCUACCGCAGCGGAGGAUUCUUGUGUAAAACUUUGGGAUUUGCGUAAAUUGAAAAACUUUAAAACCCUUCAAUUAGAAGAAUCGUAUGAAGUUAGAGAUAUCUGUUUCGACCAAAGUGGAACUUACUUAGCGGUAGCUGGUACGGACGUAAGAGUGUAUUUGUGUAAGCAGUGGCAAGAAUUGAAAGUGCUUAAUGACCACACAGCAGCCGCAACCGGUGUUCGUUUUGGAAAACAUGCGCAGUAUAUAGCAUCUACUAGUAUGGAUAGAACACUAAAACUUUAUGGGUUACCCUAAAUACUUAGUACAUUAAUUUAAGAACAAUUUAAAUUAGAAUUCGUAGAAUAAGUUUACAAUGAAGGUCAAUGACGGAAACUUUACGAAAAUAAUUUUAUUCAUAUUUAGUAUUUUGAUUUUUUAAAUUGACCGAAAAAACUGGUGAACUACAGUGAAAGGUACUUUUACAAUAACCAUUGUAGAUACUUGUUAAAAUUAUCAUUUUGGUUGAAGAUUAAAUGGCGAAAGUUUUUUACGUUCAUACGUUUAAUCUUUAACUAAAAAUUUAGGACUGGAAAACAUUGAUAAAUGACAUUUUAUAUUCAAAUUAAGAAAAAGUCUAAUCAUAGAUUAGUUUCUAAAUUCAAUAUCAAUAUAUGUAUAAUAUGCACUGUUAUAAUAAUGAUAGUGAACACAUCUAUUCUGUGCAUGGAAAGAAUGUGGAGAACAAACAAACGCGUUAGAUAUUAUUAACGAACUUGUUUCCAAUAUUUUCUGAAACAAAGUACAAACGUUGAACAGUAAUUCAUAAAUUUAACAUUAUACAAGUAAUUAUUUUUAUGAAGAAAACAUGCAAGUUUUUUGCCUAUCGCGCAACACUAUAUGCUCAAGAUACUUCUUGAAACAAUAAAAUAAAAUUUGUUUUGAAUGAGU